AUGGCCACCACGGGCAAUGUGCCCCAUCCACCUCCAGUGAUUUUCAACAGACCUUGGGUGCAGUUCUACAACUUUUUACCAGCAUUCAGAGUGUACCUCCCGGGAAAACAUAAAAUAAUUUCCAGAAAUCUGGAGAAAAUGAAACACUUCAUUUUGGAAAGAGUGAAGGAGCAUCAAAAGAUGCUGGACCCCAACAACCCUCAAGUCUACAUUGACUGCUACCUUUCCAAAAUGCAGCAGGAAAAAGAGAAUCCCCACUCUGAAUUUGACUUGGAGAAUCUAAUAACACCUGCAGUAGACUUAUUUGCUGCAGGAACAGAGACAACCAGCAGCACCCUAAGAUAUGGCCUGCUGCUUAUUCUGAAACAUCCUGAAAUCCGAGCAAAAAUUCAUGAGGAAAUUGAUCAUGUGAUUGGACACAUUCGAGUUCCUUCCAUAACGGACAGACAAGAUAUGCCCUACAUGGAUGCUAUGGUGCAUGAAGUACAAAGAUUCAGUGACCUCCUACCUCUCAACCUGCACCAUGCAGUCAACCAGGAUGUCAAGUUCAAAAAUUAUGUACUCCCUAAGGGAACAACAAUCUUGCCAGUGCUGUCCUCAGUUUUAUAUGACAGCAAAGAGUUUCUCAACCCUGACCAGUUUGACCCCCAGCACUUCUUGGAUAAGAAUGGGAAAUUCAAGAAAAGUGACUACUUCAUGCCUUUUUCCAUUGGAAAACGGUCUUGUCUUGGAGAGGGCCUGGCAAGGAUGGAGUUGUUUUUGUUCCUUACCACCAUUCUGCAGAACUUCACCCUCAAACCAGUUGGAGAUCCAAAUGCAAUUAGCAUCAAGACCAAUCAGGUUGGAUUCUUCACUGUUCCACCACAUUACCAACUAUGCUUUCUUCCUCAUUAA